GAGAGAGCUGCCUUCAAGCGAGGCGAAGAAGUGCCUGCGAGAGGAUUAUUUAAAGCGGGCUCCUACGGCUCACCAUGCCCUUUCGGAGCGCUGAGGGGAACCCCAAGGAUGAAAUUGCUUUGGAGAGCUAAAAUGAGCUCAAUCCAAGACUGGGGUGAAGAGAUAGAGGAAGGAGCAGUUUACCAUGUCACCCUCAAAAGAGUACAGAUUCAACAAGCCGCCAACAAAGGAGCAAGAUGGCUAGGGGUUGAAGGGGACCAACUUCCGCCAGGACACACUGUCAGCCAAUAUGAAACUUGUAAGAUCAGGACAAUAAAGGCAGGAACUCUAGAGAAGCUUGUGGAAAAUCUAUUGACAGCAUUUGGGGACAACGACUUUACCUACAUCAGCAUAUUUCUGUCAACAUACCGAGGAUUUGCAUCUACAAAGGAAGUUCUGGAAUUGCUCCUUGAUAG